AUGAAAACACUAAUCUUUGUUGUAUCCUUAGUUGCUUUUAGCUUAAGUAAAAGACUUGCUAUUGAUGAUCCAAAUUGCUUUAAAUACUUAUAAAAAUUCGGACCCCCUGAGUUUAUUGAUGGUACUGGAGCAACGAAAAUGACCUUUACAGAGAGAUAUCGAAUUUGGUCCAUCCUAAACAAAUGUUUAAGUUAAACUCAGAUAUUCAGAUGCUGAUCUCUUUAAUGAUCCAAUAUAUUUUGGUCUUGUUUAAGAAGAUGGAAAAACAGCAGCAACUACAUGUCUUGAUCUUAAACUAUGGAAAUUUACUUCAAAUACCUAUUCUGACCCAGUCUAAGUUACAGAUUUACUGAUAGUACCAUCAAGUAACUUUGAUAACAAAUGGAGAUAUUAUUCAUUUACUAUUCCAGGAGAUUAAUUAUCAACUAGAUUAGUGCAAACUAAUUAUUACGAUUAUUCCAUUUUCAAAGGUGUUUAUGCUAUUGCUUAUUAUACUGCAGGAACUGAUUAAGUACAAUUUGUAUUCUAUUUUGAAUUCUCUCUCUCUGUUGAGAGACAUACUUGGAGUAAUGGUGGUAGUAGUAAAUUUUAAGCAUCAUUCAAACCAUUAAGUUAUGCAUCUACAAUAGAUUGUACUCCUAUUGUUGGAGUUAGUUGUAAUCCAAAAAGUGAUACUACUUUAAAAUGUUGUACCGAUUUGACAUGCAAUUAAUUUGCAACUCCAGAUUUACAUUUGAAUGAUCAAUUUGUUCUUUAAUAAGUUAUUACAGCUGGUGGUAUGAAUUUCUUUCUAAUUGAUACUGAGGUUUGGUAUACUGCCAAUGAUUUGAAAAAAAAAGCCACAAUAAUAUCAGUCAAUAAUAAAUUAAAAAACUAAGUUAUCAUCUAGUUAAAGGCUGAAAUAAUAGGGAGAGCAGUCACUAUUGAGGUGAUCUCUACUUUGUCGAUAAACUAAACAGGAGAUAGAAGAAUUCUGUUUUAAACAACUUACGAUCCUGUAAACGGUUAAACUGAUUAAAUUGAAUGCAUUAAGGCUGAAGGAUCUGAUACAUGUCCUACAUGUGAAGGAGAAAAUACUGCUAAUGGAGAUAAUAGUGAAGAAUGCAUAAAACAAUCAAAUUAGAUAACAUUUUUUUUCAUAGCUUUGUUACUAACAUUAUUAAUUCGAUUUAUUAAUUUAUCUUCAAUCAAUUAAAUUAAAUCAAAAUAAAUCACUUUUCUAAUUCAGCUUUAUCGUCAAUUUUUGUUGAAAAUUAAGUUAGAAAAUGCAGUUCGUCUUUAAUGGCCUUAAAAAACUCUAAUUCAACAAGUUUAAAUAAUGCCAUAGUUUGGAACUGAAUUAAUUAUUUAACAUUUCAAAUAGUAAGAGUUUUAUAUAUAUAACUUUAAGAAAAUUGAUUAUACUAAAUCUUUAUUAGGAUUAAGUUUAAAAUAACAAUAAAAUAAAGUAAUUUAAUGUUGAUAUGAUCAUUAAGGAUUUAUAAAAGAACAAUCAUAAUUAGAGGUCGCAAUGGAUUGUGAUCUAAAAGAUAACAGUUGAAAAAUAUGGUUGUCAAACAUGCUUUAUAAAUGAUAAUGUUUUUCACAUUUUAGCCAGAUUAGAAAGAAUAAAUGCAUGCAAAUGAAAUUAAUAAAAAUAAAAUUAAAUAGUAUUUAAAGACAAAUGAUAUUAAGGUAAAAAAUGAUGAUGUANUGCAAACUAAUUAUUACGAUUAUUCCAUUUUCAAAGGUGUUUAUGCUAUUGCUUAUUAUACUGCAGGAACUGAUUAAGUACAAUUUGUAUUCUAUUUUGAAUUCUCUCUCUCUGUUGAGAGACAUACUUGGAGUAAUGGUGGUAGUAGUAAAUUUUAAGCAUCAUUCAAACCAUUAAGUUAUGCAUCUACAAUAGAUUGUACUCCUAUUGUUGGAGUUAGUUGUAAUCCAAAAAGUGAUACUACUUUAAAAUGUUGUACCGAUUUGACAUGCAAUUAAUUUGCAACUCCAGAUUUACAUUUGAAUGAUCAAUUUGUUCUUUAAUAAGUUAUUACAGCUGGUGGUAUGAAUUUCUUUCUAAUUGAUACUGAGGUUUGGUAUACUGCCAAUGAUUUGAAAAAAAAAGCCACAAUAAUAUCAGUCAAUAAUAAAUUAAAAAACUAAGUUAUCAUCUAGUUAAAGGCUGAAAUAAUAGGGAGAGCAGUCACUAUUGAGGUGAUCUCUACUUUGUCGAUAAACUAAACAGGAGAUAGAAGAAUUCUGUUUUAAACAACUUACGAUCCUGUAAACGGUUAAACUGAUUAAAUUGAAUGCAUUAAGGCUGAAGGAUCUGAUACAUGUCCUACAUGUGAAGGAGAAAAUACUGCUAAUGGAGAUAAUAGUGAAGAAUGCAUAAAACAAUCAAAUUAGAUAACAUUUUUUUUCAUAGCUUUGUUACUAACAUUAUUAAUUCGAUUUAUUAAUUUAUCUUCAAUCAAUUAAAUUAAAUCAAAAUAAAUCACUUUUCUAAUUCAGCUUUAUCGUCAAUUUUUGUUGAAAAUUAAGUUAGAAAAUGCAGUUCGUCUUUAAUGGCCUUAAAAAACUCUAAUUCAACAAGUUUAAAUAAUGCCAUAGUUUGGAACUGAAUUAAUUAUUUAACAUUUCAAAUAGUAAGAGUUUUAUAUAUAUAACUUUAAGAAAAUUGAUUAUACUAAAUCUUUAUUAGGAUUAAGUUUAAAAUAACAAUAAAAUAAAGUAAUUUAAUGUUGAUAUGAUCAUUAAGGAUUUAUAAAAGAACAAUCAUAAUUAGAGGUCGCAAUGGAUUGUGAUCUAAAAGAUAACAGUUGAAAAAUAUGGUUGUCAAACAUGCUUUAUAAAUGAUAAUGUUUUUCACAUUUUAGCCAGAUUAGAAAGAAUAAAUGCAUGCAAAUGA